CCCUCUCCCUCUCCCUCUCCCUCUCUCUCUCUCUCUCUCUCUCUCUCUUCCACACAUUCAGUGACUUUUUAAUUCAAGGCAACUUUUUUUUUAACUUAUUUAAAGUUGAUGAUUUGUUUUGUAAAUCAUAAUAAAGAAGGAGAAGAAGAAUGUACCUCUGCUGAUGAUGAAACAUUUCAUAAAGUCUGUCUCCACAGAUGACAAACACACGUUGACUUGAGAGUUUCUGUAAAAUGUUCGGAAUGUUCAAGGGCGUUUUAUGAGUGCUGAAUAGGGGCAUGGGUAAGACACGGGUUUACUGUCAUCUUUAAUUUAUAGUCAUUUUAAAGAAAUUGUGUUUUAACUGGCCUGUCAUCACCAUGAACAAAAAAAUAUGAAAAGAGUUUUAAAGGGCUCAUGCCAUGUUUCUUAGAAUUAAACUUCUGGCUCAGUAAACAGCACUGAUGGGUUAAGAGGUAGAUGUCGGUCUAAUCUUGUUAUUGCUGCACACUAAAUAUGUUUUUAGAAAUUUUAGCAUGAUCCUAAUUUACUUCCAUCACGUGAUAGAUGUUAGCAGUGGUUUGUUUGUUUUUAUUCUGUUAUUAUAAGACAGAACAGACGAAUUUACUUGAAGCCAUAGUAACUGUGACAAUAAACUAGCUUACAUAUCAGUGCAAGGCCACUUAAAGGGACAGUUAAUCCCAAAACUAAAAUUCUGUCAUCAUUUACUCACUCUCAAGUUGUUCCAAAUCUGUAUAAAUUCCUUUGUUCUGUUGAACACAGAAAGAUAUUUGGAAGAAUGCUUGUAACCAAACAGUUCUUGGACCCCAUUGACUCCCAUAGUUGGAAAAUUGCUUUAUAAAUGUUCUGUUGCUUAUAAAUGUAAAUAUCUUUCUUCUGAACACAGAAGAUAUUUUGAAGAAUGUUGGACUGCGAACAGUUCUGCGGCACUUUUGACUACCAUUGUCAUUUUUCCUACUAUGGUAGUCAAUGGUGGCCAAGAACUGUUUGGUUAUAAAAAAUAUUAAAUAUAAAAAAAUAUUUAUACAGAUUUGGAACAACUCGGGGUGAGUAAAUGAAUUUUCAUUUUUGGGUGAACUGUCCCUUUAAGUGUCUCUUGGCCUUACACUGAGAUGUAAGCUAGUUUAUUGUCACCGUUAUGAAUGCCUUCAUGUAAAUUCAUCUAGUCUUUCUGAUCUACCUGAAAAUCCCUAAAAUGUACUCCUUAACACUGAGACCACAGACACGAUAAGCGCUUCCUCAUGUGCUGCUUUUCUUGAAAUGGAUUAAAGCUGUAAAAUGUGUCUGCAGAGAUGGCUCUCUUCUGCCUUUCUCAAGUAUGAACUUGCUGUAGUUAUUACAAGAAACGCGGUGUAGAAGCGAUCUCGACACUUCUCAAAGUCCUUAACCCAAAUUAUUGUUGUGUAGCUUGGAUCAAUUUUAAACAAUUGUAGACAUGAAUGACCUCUCACACCGUGUGACUUGUGGAGGUGUUGUCAUUAUUUUUCUAGCACGAUUAGAAAAAUAGAUUUUCUGAAGUAUAAAUCUCUAAAAAACGUUUUUUAAAUGAUCUCAUAGCAAUCCCAAGUGUCUGGAAAGGUUUUACACACACAAUUCCUCUCACGCCUUCAAAAGAUCUUUUCAAACUGUGUACCUUUUAAAAUCGCAGGCACCUUUUUUGGAACUUUGCCUUUUAUGCAAAUGAUCCCUAAAGCAUCACACUUAAAUGUGUCAUACCAGGAAGUGAGUGCCGGCAUUCUGUCCUGCAGACAGAGAGAGAGAGCUAGUGCUGGUCAGGUUAAACACUUCCCGAGUGGGAAGCAGACAGUGCAGUAGGGAGCAUGGCGACCUCAGUGACCUCUAGAGGAUAAAACGCCCCAUCACUGAAGGGACACGUUGCUUUUCUCUUUGCUGGGCUCAGACAACCUUUCAAUGUCAUUGCUUCUGGCUGUUCUCAAGAUAAUUACACACCCAAUCUGAUCCAGUGGAUGACAUGGACCGGAAUGAGCCGUCGCCCGGUUCAGAUGUCGCCAUGAAGAACAAAUCUGCCCAUAACAGCACAGCCGGGCACAACUGCACCGGUAACAUCGCCCCGAAGAGUUGCGUGGAGUCAAACCCCGAUGCCAACCUGAAACCCAAUCACGUCGCCAUGGAGGAGGCGGAUGAGGCGGAGGAAGAGUCCAAGUUUCAUCAUCCUCGACUGAGGAGAGCCGGCGGAGGAGGAGGGGGAGGGAACAGCAUCCGGAUUAAAAGCUGCACGCCAGGAGGAGGAGCCGCGACAAGGAGCUCCGCGCACCUUGAGUCCAGUGCCACAGAUGCGCGCCCGGGUGAAGCUGAUGCUGCGGGUCGCCACGACACCGUCAAAGGUAAAGCGUCAACCGUAGUGGCCAGCGUGACCGUGGAGCCUUGUAAUGUUGCAGGUGAAGCCGAAAGCAACACGCCAGCGCCGGUUUCCAGCAUGAAAUGCAACAAAAACGGAGAAUGCAGGCGGGACUCCGGUACGGGGAGCCUGCGGUCCAUCAUGUCCAAGCAGGAAGGGAAUAAACGGGCAGCCUGCAAUUCAACGACCAGCAUGGACGGAACCACCACUCCCAUCGGCUCCCUGACUCAGGACGCCGGCACGACGCCCGUUUCCAGCGGAGUCCCGGAGAAGAAGGACUCGAAAGUGUCCUUUUCCAACGCCCCGAGUCGGAAAGCCUCUUCCUCCAUCCACGGCACCCAGCAGCAGCCCCGGAACUCGGUGACGUUUCUCAAAUCCGAGGAUGGUCCUCAGAUCGUGGCCGAGGAUAGCGACACCAGGGACAGCCAGGCGAGCUUCAUGCAGCGGCAGUUCAGCAGCAUGCUGCAGCCCGGGGUGAAUAAAUUCUCUUUACGCAUGUACGGGAGUCAGAAAGCGGUGGAGAAAGAACAGGAGCGGGUGAAAUCUGCGGGCAACUGGAUCAUUCACCCCUACAGUGACUUCAGAUUCUACUGGGACUUUUCUAUGCUCCUCUUUAUGGUGGGCAACCUGAUCAUUAUCCCCGUCGGCAUCACCUUCUUCAAGGAAGAGACCACCACGCCCUGGAUCAUCUUCAACGUGGUGUCCGACACCUUUUUCCUCAUGGACCUGGUGCUGAACUUCCGCACAGGCAUCAUUAUCGAGGACAAUUCGGACAUCAUCCUGGAUCCCAAGACCAUCAAGAAGACGUAUCUGAGGACCUGGUUCGUGGUGGACUUCGUCUCGUCUAUUCCAGUGGAUUAUAUCUUCCUGAUUGUGGAGAGGGGCAUGGACUCAGAGAUGUAUAAGACAGCUCGGGCCCUGAGGAUUGUGCGUUUCACUAAGAUCCUGAGUUUGCUGAGGCUGCUGCGUCUCUCUCGUCUGAUUCGCUACAUUCAUCAGUGGGAGGAGAUCUUCCAUAUGACCUAUGACCUGGCGAGUGCAGUCAUCCGGAUUUUUAACCUGAUAGCCAUGAUGUUGUUGCUGUGUCACUGGGACGGCUGUCUGCAGUUUCUCGUGCCCAUGUUACAGGACUUUCCCUCCGACUGCUGGGUUUCCCUCAACAAGAUGGUGAAUGACACGUGGACUGAGUUGUAUUCGUUCGCCGUUUUCAAAGCCAUGAGUCACAUGUUGUGUAUAGGUUACGGUCGACAGGCUCCGGAGAGCCUCUCUGAUAUCUGGUUGACGAUGCUCAGUAUGAUUGUCGGGGCAACCUGCUACGCCGUCUUCAUCGGACACGCUACGGCCCUCAUCCAAUCCCUGGACUCAUCGCGACGUCAAUAUCAGGAGAAGUACAAACAAGUGGAACAGUACAUGUCCUUCCACAAACUUCCAGCAGAUUUCCGACAGAAAAUCCACGAUUAUUAUGAGCACCGCUACCAGGGAAAGAUGUUUGAUGAGGAAAGUAUCCUUGAGGAACUAAAUGAGCCGCUCAGAGAGGAAAUAGUGAAUUUUAACUGCCGGAAGCUGGUGGCCUCUAUGCCUCUAUUUGCCAACGCUGAGCCCAACUUUGUGACAGCCAUGCUAACAAAACUGCGGUUUGAGGUCUUCCAACCGGCCGACUACAUCAUCCGCGAGGGAACCAUCGGCAAGAAGAUGUACUUCAUCCAACACGGUGUCGUCAAUGUUAUUACCAAAGGAACUGUUGGCAUGAAACUUUCUGAUGGCUCCUAUUUUGGAGAGAUCUGUCUGCUGACCAGAGGUCGUCGUACGGCGAGCGUGCGAGCAGAGACCUACUGUCGCCUGUACUCUCUCUCCGUGGACAACUUUAAUGAGGUGUUGGAGGAAUACCCCAUGAUGCGGAGGGCAUUUGAGACCGUGGCCAUUGAUCGGCUGGAUCGCUUGGGAAAGAAGAAUUCCACCCUCAUGAACAAAGUCCAGCACGACUUAAACUCUGGCAUCUUAAACAACCACGAGAACGAGAUGAUCCAAGAGAUCGUGAAGUAUGACCGCGAGAUGGUGAAACUGAUAGAUCUUCAGCGACCACGUGCCAUGUCCAUGACGCCCUCCAUCCCCGGCGGGAUCUUCGCUCACCCCGGCCAAUCACAGGGCAGCUCUGCCAUUGCGACCCUCCAGCAGGCAGUUGCAAUGAGCUUCUGUCCGCAGUUCGGUGGCCCUAUGGUAGGGCCGAGCACCUUGCAGUCACCCAGGAUGGUACGACGGUUCCAGGUGGUGCAAAACCUCUCCAGCCCAGUCGCCGUGUCUCCUCAGCAGUCGCAGCCAUCGAGUUCGGUACCGCUCGGGGCAUUCACCGCCUUAGCAAUGGCCAGUACGCCGAUGCAAAGCCCGCUAAUGGCGCCAGGUGGCCGGACAUUUCAGUACGGGAGCGGCCCGAUGGGUGGCCGGUCCGGCUCUCAGCUGUCACUCAUCCAACAGCACGUCCCCAGUCCGACACAUCCCACCCUGCUCAAGGGCGCCAACCCUUUGCACCAAACGGGCAUGUUGACCCAGGAUGCCAGAGCUCUGUCUGCAUCCCAACCUUCUCUGCCCCAAGAUGGAGCGCCACCCAUCGGACCCAGCCCUCCGCCUUCGAACAACGCUUCCUCGACAUCGAUCGGCCCACCCCAAGCACCUCACCCUGCCGUCCCCGGGCCCUCUGGGGUCAUGAGGGCCGUGCCUCAGAGAAUAGUUCUGUCCCAUCAAGCAGCAGCAGCAGCAGUUGUAAAUUACCCUUCAACACCACCUCCGACGGGCACUUCACCUGGCUUGGUUGGUCCAGCACCUUUGGACUCUCCUAUACGCAAGAAAGAUUCCAUAGUCAGCCUUCCCGAAACGGACUACACAGCUCGAUCAAGGCUAUCGUCCAACCUCUGACGAGAACUUUGACUCUUCGAAAUACUUUUGGGUGUCACGGUUUAUUCUUAUUGCCCGAGUUCUGUACUCGUAGGGGCCGUCUCUAGCGAAGGUAAGCUCGUGGCUUUUCGUAAGAUACAAUGGGAGGACAGUCGGACAGAAUUAUCGCUACUAGAUUUAAAGUCUCUGCUACAAGUAGAUCAGCGAGGUUGGAUGCCUCUGUUCUACUUGCUUGUGUAGUUAGCGUUGACCCCUGUACAGCUUCCGAUGCCUCUUAAUAUAAUUGUCUUUAUCGUCCCGAAUGAAGAGGAGAACGUUUAAUCUGUUGCGUGGUGUGUUUCGUAGAGUUCAUGUGAUGCAAUGGGACAUGGCUUGGGUGACAUGGAAAUCAGGGACUUGAGAUGACAAAUAUGAAAUUUACUGCUUCGCAAAAGUGUUUGGAAACGCCUUCGUUCUUUCUGCAUAAGCUCUCUGUGUAGCAAUCUAAAUAACUGUCUUUCACACUGUUGUACGAUAUUAUAAAAAAAAGUAUUAAGGACCGCUGGUCGAUCUUAUAUCCACAUGUAAAUAAGAAGGUAAAAAAGGGAAAAAACAUUAUAAUAGCAAAACAACAAUUGUAUGUACUCGAAAACCAAAGUUGAGCUAGAACACAAAUUUUGGUUGUGUCUGUGUCAACUGAGCAAAAGAAGUCCAAUGGAAACGUCCUCUAUUUAACUGCCUUGAUUCGAAGUUUAGAAGCCAUAUACAUGGUUUGUGUGCGUGCGUGUGUGUAUUAGUUUGCGCGCUUGAUCACAUAUGCUUUUUAUUCGUUUAAUUUAUAAAUCUGUUUUAGCGAAAUGGAGCGGUGCUCACUUUGUGGUAUGCUUGUAUUUUUACAUGGUUUUGUCGGGCAAGUCGAGUGAAUUUGUUAACCGAGGCAAAAAAGACUUGAACACUUUGGGUUUUCAGUGCAAAACCUGUUCAAUUAGAAAAUUUACAAAACCAAAAGAUUCAUAUUUAUGUGACUCGUGCUGUUUUUGUGAUCCGCACAUGCAAUAUAAUUCUGCAAUAUUCUUGCCCUGCCUUUUUAUAUAAACGUCAAAUAGCAGCGUAAGCAAUGACAUCAGCGUUAUUCAAAGAAUAUUGAAGUCCUCGUGUGGAUGAGGUCAUGCAGAUCUUGGAGAUGUUUUCAUUUUCAAGCAUUUGGCCAUUUAUUUAUAUCUGGAUGGAUCUUUUCAGGAUAUUUCAGUGUUUUUUUUAACGUAAAACCUUUUUCUGUGUAGUUUUUUUCCAUAUUGUUUGGCAUCACAAUAAAAAAACCUAUAGUUGAAAAGAUUAUAUAUAUAUAUAUAUAUAAUAUUUACUUGGUAUGAAAUAAUAGAAUAUAAUAUUAUUUAAAGCAGAUUAAUGUUGUAAAUUCUUCUAUAUCUAUCUAUUUAUUCUAUAUUUUACAGUUAAUUAAUGACUUUUUUUAUAAUGUUGCGUGCUCUCCUGUCGUCGUAAAAAUAGAUCAUAAUUUGCACAAACGAAUAUCUAAAACAUGCUGCAUUUAAAUGACGUGUAAAUUUAAAGCAGAGUUUGCCAGUGGCUGAAUGGUUGGGUUGUUGAUUCAUGAAUCUGUUUCUUUAUAAGAAUGUAGAUGUCUGUUUCAUUGUCAACUGCUGCAGUUUUUUCUCACUUGAACUUUGAAACUAUAAAUAUGAUGUUGUAAAUUAUUGUAUGUGCGAGGCUGGGCAGUGUCAUGGAUCCGGACAUGAAUUUUGGUGCAAAAAGGAGUUUUGAAUGUGCGUGAAAUGGAAUCUGAAUAUUAAUAACUGCCAUGUAAAUAGAUAAGUAACAAUGCAGAAUGAGUCUGUGGGUUUGUAGUAAUCACAUCAGAAAAACCUGGGUAUGUCUAGGAUGCUUUUAUUUUUCUGAAUCUCGCUUCGCUGCCAGUGAUUCUUGUGGUCGUACUGUAAGUCUGAACCUGAUUUUUAUACCACAAAGCACACGGUGUCCCCAUUAGCGCUGUCUAGAGGACAGAAAAAAAAUCAUCACAAAUCAUCACAUUCCCAAAGGCCAAAUGCUUUCUGAACAGAUUUGUGCGAUUAAAAUGGGUAGCUCAUUCGACUAUACAAAACAAAAGCAUCUAUUACAAAAAAUCUUCAUGAAUUUUACAUUUUUUUCCCACAUUGGUGUCAUGGAAAUUAAAAAAUGAAAAUAUUCUAAAACCAUUUUCGCAUGUAAAUUUCAUUUUUUUCUGUUAGGGUUAUUAUCGCCAAAAUCGACUAAAACUUUUUUUUGCAUUGCUAUUGAUUUUGUUUAUUAAUUUUUGUUAUUUAUUGCUCUAAACAGACAUGGGUGAAAUGCAAAACAGGAUUUUCUUACUCAGUAUUUCUGUCUGGAUUUUUCCAAAUACCAAAAUAUUAAAUCAGAAAUGCCUCAAGAUAUUAAGUGUUGUUUUUUGCUUGACAAAUUAUCUAAAUUACAUAGGUUUAAUCUUAAAACAAGAAAAUACAACAUUUAUGAAAUCUUAAAAUUGCAUUUAGGCUUAUAAGUACAUUUUUCUUACACCAUUGGCAAAUAUUUUUAUGUUUUUAAACAAACUCACUUAAUUUUGAGAAUGUUUUCAUAAGCAAGACUUAUGCUGCGUCCCAAUUCGCCUACUUAUACUAUGCCCUUAAAUUAUGUACUGUUUUUGAUAUGGAAAAGUAUAUACAGUAUAUUCUUGUGUGUUGCAAAAUGCGAAACGGAAGUGACCGUUGUUACCUAGACGACACUGUGGUCCUUAACUGUCACGAACAUCAAACUACAGCUCUUCCUUGCAUGUAAGUAUUCAUUCAUUUAUUGUUUUGUAUGUAAUGUUUACUGUAUACCUACAGUAUAUUUAUUAAUUUAGCAAAACAUCAUUUAUUUUAUUUUAUCAAUGCAGUGUAGCGUCACUAAACUCGGCCCUCUCGUGGUGAGUUCCGGGUAAUAUCAGCCGUUCACACUUUGAAUUUUCACCGGAAAAAGUAGACCAUCCGCGUACUUUGAGAAUACUCAUUUCAACAUACUAUGAUUUGGGACAUACUAAUUCUAUUUUCGAAUACUAUUUAAAACGGAUAGUAUGCAAAUUGGGAUGCAUCGUUCGUGUCUUCGGUUAAUUUUGCUUCUCAAAUAAAUGCAUCUUGCCUUUAAAGUCCCAGUGAACUGGAAGUUGCGAUCGUUUUUACUUCCGUAUUCUGACACAUUUCCGAGUGAAACUGAAUUUCGAAUGAGGAAAAAUGAGUGGGCGUGGCUUGUGUUUUCUUAGCGAUUUGAUUUGAUGUAUAAAAACAGCCAUUGCAUUUUGAAAUGUAACUGGCAGCAGACUGACAGUUGAAGGGGAGGAGUUAACGGAUGCUCCGCCCAAGCCGUCUAACUUACGUCAUUUGAGAUGGAUGGUCACUCCAGGGCAGAAGUGCAUUUUCAGAUUUUAACUGAAUAUUAUGAGGGCACAUGAAUUUUAAAAAGAGAAUGAGCCACAUUGAUAAGCUAUUUACAAUUUCAUGAAAGAAUAGGAAUUGUAAUUUUUUUAUUUCACUGGGACUUUAAAAGUGUUUAGAUAUUCAUACUGUACAACAAAGCAAAAAUACAGAGUAAGAAAAUCAUUUAUGCAUUGUCGGCUCAUGUUCGGCUAUGUUUUAGGAAUUAACGUGUGGAUUCAUAGACCACACCUGUUAUAAUCAACACAGCAGUUUUGUCUUGUUUUCAUUAUGAACAAAUCAGUCUUAUAUGGACCUGAAAUAAAGGCACAAUUUCAACCGGGCCCGAUAGAAUCAUCAAAACCUCCAUACACCCUCGUGUAUCUCCUGUAACAUUAGAAUUUGAUCAUAUUAAUCCAGGAAAGAAAAUGACAGUCUGUCCAUGCCAAAUGGGUCGAUGUUACUGUAUGUCUCAUUUGCAAUGUAAUCUCUCUCAUUGAGUUUCUCGGUGCGGGCACAUUCAGUUCUGUUUCCUGAUGUGUGGUAUAAACCCUUCUGUUCACCUCGCUCAAGGACACAAACUGUCUUUAUUUCUCUCCAAGGUGUCAUGUACCACAUUCGUUUUUUUCCACUGGGUAUGGCAGUGAAUGCAUGCAAAUAUCUGGACUGUUUUUCUUUACAUUUGUCUUCUCAUUUGCAUAUGUCAUGGAUUUAGCCCUGACUAAACUGCUGUCUGAUUGUUGGAAUGGAGAUGGCUGGCCGGCCAUGUGACUAUUUUAACGUCCUUUCAAAGCAGACUCAUACAGUACCCGCUCACCGCAGCCCUGAUGCAGGCUUUGACGUGAUGGAGACAAGCGCUUGCAGGAAAGAUCAGACAGAUUCCCUCGAGUUUCCCAGCAUCACAUGUAAAUCAGGGUACUUUGUUUCUUUUCUGUUUUAACAAAGCACGAUGUACUGUAAAUACCUAGUGCCUAGUAUAUCUACUUUCCAAAUAGUCUCUUUUAGUGCUGUGUGUGCGUGUGUUUGUGUGGCUCUACGAAAGACAAAAUGCAACGUUUAUGUGUCCUUUUUUGAAGGAAUAGUUAAGCCUGAAAAUGAGAAAUCUGUCAUUAUUUAGCCUUCUCCCCCUCAUCCCAGAGGAAAAUGGUGAUGGUCCUAGAUGAUUCUCCUAAAGUUGCUUAAGAGAAAUUAAAGCAAGAAUUGUUUAAAUGCAUGAAGAGGAAUAAACGAAUGCAGAUUGUGGAGGUCAAAUAAUCUGGAUUUGGGUCAAUUUGAUGAGAAAUGUUUGAGUUCAUAUCAAGAUCUUCAAUAAUAUUGACUUUUGAUUGCAGACUUGACAAAUCUGAGCUCAGUUUGACACAUUGUUGACAUCUCUUCUCAAACUCCAAUGACAGAGACAUUGUUUUCUCAGGAGAAAAAUCUGAGACGCUGAUGAGAUUUAAACAAGUUUCCAUUUGCAUUUUAUUUAAUCUCAUGCAUGAGAAAUAAUUGAGAUAUUAAAAAGCUGUCAUCUGUCACUUUUAUGGGAUGUUGUUUCAAACCUGUGUCCUGUUUUGUGAGACAGGAAGAUGGGUAAAUAAUGACAUAAAUCUUAUUUUCGGAUGACCUGUUCCUUUAACCUUGCAAUAUGUGUACUGUAGCUGCUAAUAAGUGUUAGAGAAACAAUUAACCCAGCAUAAGCCCCAUGCGGGGUGAGAUGAAUUGCACAUUUCUGUUUGUUUGGAAUCCCAAGUCGUGUACGAUACACUGAGCGAGAUUUAUAUUAGAGUCAUUGUUUAGGAUCAACCCAACUUCAGCACAGGUCCAGUGGGAGCUUUUGGGGUUUUUGCUGUAGCAGAUCAAAGACAUCACAGCGAAAUGACAAACAUCUGUAGACUUUUUAGCACACGUAAGAAAGACUUCUCAGGUUGUCUUGUUAGCCAUUUCUAGAGCCUUUUAAAAGCAUGACCUAACGAUGUGUAGCUAAUACAAACAACACAUAUCAACCGAUGUUACUAAAUAUACUCUAUAGUGACUACUAACGUAGGAUCACUGAUCGAGUUAUUUGUUACACACACAUUUUAAAGUCAAUAUGAAAUGCGUUUUACUUCUGUAGUGUUUGUUUUUGAGGACAUUGAAUUGAUCAAGAAAAGCUGCCAAUGGAAUCAGAGCUGAAAGCGGAAUGAUGUCAAGUACUGACAAACACCUUUGUAGUGUUUUUUUAAUCAGUAUGUGGAGGUCAAAUGGUCAAGUUCACCCUCCAGAUCAUCUUCGUAUGUCCCGAUUCAAACCUCACAAUAUUUGCUAUUAUCGAUGUAAAUUCAGUUACAUUAACUAUUGGUAAGAUUUUAAAAAAAGGCUUGACGGGUGUUAUGGCUAUUGGGUCACAUUAACCAUUAGCCCACACGGCUUGACGCCAAUGAAAAAGUCAUUUCAAAAAUAGAGCAAGGAAGGUUAUUGCAUUUUAAAGGAAGUUUCUUGCGCAGAAACAAUGAUAAAUCUUGCUUAGAAAAGUAAAUAUAGGUUCAGUUUGGAUUUCAUGUUGACUUUGAUAAACAAACAUAAAAACACCUACAACAACAACUGAAGAAGGACAUGCAAAUUUCAAAGUGGCCAUUUUAAUAAAUACUUCAGACUAUAUUUGAAGGGUCAGAAUUGUACACUCUGUCAGCGGGGAGAACAGCAGCAAAGCUUUGUUUAGUUUCAUCUCUUUCAUAUACAGCCAUCCACCUGUUCUGAGAAACGAUCUUGAACUUCCUAAAAAACAAACUGACGUUGAUAGGACAGUUAUAUCUGUCGUACUGUAUUCGGUGUCUCACUUCUCAAAAUUGUCUUACUGCCUUCGUCUCAUGCGUCUCGCUGUCGUUUCCCUUGAACUCACACAAACCAUCCAAUUAAACCCGAUUCAAUGAAACGUCAGAUUAGGCAUUUGUCUCCACCGCUCUAGACUAAAUGGAUCCGGAUUUGUGUCUAUUUUUGCUGACCCGAACCCAGCUAAGCCUCUGAUGUGCUGCUACGUCCUCUGGCUGCUGGUUUGGGUUUUCAGGUUUAACCGCAUCAACUCAUUCAGAAAUGAUAAUGAUCACCAGUUAUUCACCCUCACUGUUGGUUCAUACCUAUAUAACUUUUUUUAAUGCAAAAGUCAUAUGGGUUUGUAAUAGAGAUGCACCGAUAUAUCGGCCAAUGAUCGGUAUCGGCCGAUAAAAGCAAGUUUUCACACUCGGCUAUCGGACGAUAGCUGAUAUAUCCUGUCAAUCACAAGAGGACAGGAAAACGCAGUGAAUUUGUGCUCUGUAUAUAGAAAAUGUUAAGAGACAUCACCAGUUUGAUGUUCAAUAUUAACAGUCAUUAUAUGAAUUUUAAACAUUCAGAAAUCGGUAUCGGCAGAUAUAACUCUGAAUAUAACUGAAUAAUCGGCUAUCGAUUUUGGUGGAGAAAUUUAGUAUCGGUCUAGUUUGUAACAUUAUCGGGGUGAGUAAAAGAUGACAGGAUUUUCAAGUGUACUGUUCCUUUAAGAAGUCAUAUUUGUCUUAAAAGUACUGUUGUAGUGCAGUGGUAUUUUGAUACCAUAGCAUUGCUUGUUGUUUGCAGUGAAGUACUUCAAUAAAAAUAUGAUAUUCCCAUCACAGUAGUGUCCAAAAGUAUUUUCAUGGCACUUGCUGCUUUGCUGCCGUUCCCCCUACUGAUGGUGAGACUAAAGGUAGAUAUGUGCUCUCUGCAAGGGCCCUAAGCCUUAAUCACUGUUGGCUGUGUGUGUGUGAUGUUCUCCGCUGAAUGCACUAUCACACACUUCACUGUGUAGAUAUUAGUCAGCUGUCCCCUCUGAAGGUCACAUGUGGUGCGCUGGGCUAGAACAGUUUUGGUCCAGUUGGCAGCAGACUCAUUCGCUGGCACAGUCUUCUUCACUCACCGGGCCAGAAUCGUUUUUACCCCCUCAACAUUAAGCUGUAAGGGUUCCACAUCUCCACCUUGUGACCUUUGUGUCAUUCCGUAGGUCAUGAUGGGCUCAUUCUGAAGACCACACGCUGUUUCAGUUUCUUUAAAAAAACUGGAGGAGAAAAAAUCACAAAAGUCUGCUUAUAGCUCGUGAUCUUGUGUCACGCCAAAUCCCCACGCUUGGGGUGGCAGUUUGUAAUGCCGGAAUAAAAAGUCUAUGGUUUAUUGUUUAAGUAUGUUUGUAUUGACAAAAUAAGCUACAAGAGAAUAACCGCCAUAGAUACUGUAUUUAUACAUAGAUGCCUAAUUUGACAGCUCCAAACAUGUUGCUGUGUCCGCCAUUUUGGAACGGUCACUCACAUUUCAGUAACUCACAAUAAAUAUCAAUGAAUUUUCCAAGGUACAAUCAAGCCACGGCACUGGUUGUCAAAGACUUUUUGAACCAAUGUUACUUUUUAAUGUUGUGUUAGUUAAUGCCUUUGUCUUGUAUUGUGUCAGUUUAGCAAUUUUAAUGUUUAGGUCUACACAACAGCAUGUGCAUAACUACGGAUGUAGAUGCACAGUCAACUAGCACUUGAGUGUUCACGGACCAACUUUGACUGUUCCAAUAUGGCGGACCAUAGAAACAGCUGCUAAUGAGGCAUCUAUGUAUAAAUCUCUAUGCGUUUGCCUAAGCAAAAUGCUUAUUUGGUCUUGCAGCAUGGUCGGAGGAUAAGGUGAUUUUUUUAUUGCUUCAAUGGGGUUUUGGGCACCCCAAAAUCCAGCUAGGACCAGCAAACCAGCUUAUGCUGGUUUACAAUGAACACUGAGCACACAAAGGUUUAUGAAUAAUAACUUAGAAUGUAAAGACUUUGGCUGUGCACGCAAAGAGGAAUAUUUUUUGACUAUUUGUUUGUUUCAUGUCGUUUUUAAAAAACAACAAAUGAUCCAUUUUAAUGGUUGAGUAUGCGGUUCAACAAGUUACAUUUUAGGAAAUGUAAACCGGCAGUGAAAUAAAUAAUAUUCCAAGAAUUUCAUUUUGGGUUGGAUUUGUCAAGAAACUUUAUUUAGUACACUAAUGUGUCUGCUGUCAGAAAGGGAAUCUGAUUUUCUCUGUCCCCGAUAUUUAUCCUCUGAAAUCAACAGUUCGAUGACUCUGUUAGCUGAUGUCUGUGGCUCUGAUACGCUACGACUCCUACUGAAUAUUAACCAUGUCUUUUUCAGUGAUCUGAUUCAUCGGUGACAAUGUUGUUAAAGCGUUCCUUACAAAUGAUGACUUGUUGUGCAAUAAAAAGAUAACAUU